AUGAAUAUGAUAGAAGAUGAUUUAAAAAAAGAUUUUUUUAAUAAACCUGCACAUAGAUUCGAAUUUAAUUUUCAAGGUCGAGAAGUAGUAUUUGAGAUUGAUCAAUUAGCUACCAAAAGUGAAAAAUCCAUUCUUUGCCGUUAUGGUAACACUACAGUUCUGACUGUGCUAACAAUUAAGAAAUUAACCAAAGAAAAUAAUUCUUUUUUCCCCUUAGCGGUUAGUUUUGAGGAAAAGUUUUACGCGGUGGGAAGGAUUCCUAACGCUUUUGGUAAACGAGAAAGCAAGCCGAGUUAUGAUGCGGUCACUGCUGCUCGGAUGGUUGAUCGUUCACUUCGAAAUUUUUUUCCUUCGGCAGGAAGCCAAGAAGUGCAAAUAAGUAAUUGUGUUCUUUCCUUGGAUCAAGCAUGCGAUCCUCGCUUAGUAUCAGUUUGA